ACACACAAUCCUUUCCGUCAUUCAAUUCACAGCUUCCUAUAUAAUCCUUUCCCCUUUCCCUGCGCCACCCCCUCCUCCUCCACCCUCCUCUUCAUCUCAUCCUCUUUCUCUAAUCUCCACCCAUUAAAUCUCUGUUCUUCACUUUCUCUUAUCCCUUCUGUAACGCCGACGAACGAUAACGAAUACCAGCUCAGAUGAUGAAAGACCACUGGGUUACGGCGGCGAUGACGAACGAUGCGAUGGUGGCGGAGCUUCUCAUACGUAUGAGACAAUCUUCAUCUUUAGAUUCAUCAGCAAUAAACACACCGUUGUUACACACGGUUAGGUGGGGCCACCGUAAGUCACGGUCGAAACCUUCCGCCAUCACCACCGCCGCUAACGCCAGUGGUUUAAGGAAAGAACAACUAAGUGGUAGCCCUACAACGCCCUUGUAUUGGAGCAGUGGCGGCGGCGGAAGCGGCGGCGGUGCUUCCACCAGCGACGGUUACGAUGAAUCUAGUCGCCCAUCAGAUCUCUCAUCCGGCGGUAGAUCCACCAAGGGUGGUUUGGGAAAUGAAGGUGCAACCACAUCAAGCUACAAGAAAUCUAGAAAAAGAAAGUCAUUCGCUGAACUCAAAGAGGAAGAAGAUUUUCUCUUGAAGGAAAAGCUACAUCUAAAUAGGGAGUUGGAGUCGAUGCGCCUAACCAUGAAUAAACAAAUUGCCACAAGUCAAAAAUUAAAGAAAUUCAAGAUUAAUUUUCAUCAAAGUCCUAAAAAAGAAGAUAAACAAGAAAAAGGGUUUGUUUUGCCCGAUCUAAACAUGUCCCCAGAUAUGGAAGAACUAUGAGAGUCUCUAAUAAACGCUUACUGUGAUGUAAAUUUUGUUACAAUAUAAAACCUUUUUGCUAAUUUGGAAAAGGUUUUUUUCUAAGUUACCGAAUCCAUAUCAAUUGCGUUUAUUAUAAAGUUUUAUAUUGCUA